AUGCCUGAUCUCUCAACCUGGGCUCUGCCUCGACUCAGCCAGCUCAUGCCUCUGGACGAGGAAUCGCUCAAGCAGAUCAUUGACUAUUCCGCUUCACUGCCCAAAGACGCCUGCGCCGAAAACUUGAAGAACCUCCUGGGUGACUCCCCCGCAGCCCUUGACUUUAUCACCUCCUUCAAUGUGCGACGUUCCGAUGUGCCCGCCCCGACCGUCUCUGUGCAAGGCUCCUCGCCGUCUGGUGGAGAUCCACAAGCUCAAGAACGACCAAAGGGCAAAUCCAAGAAAGAAAAGAAGCCGCUACACAGUGCGGGUCCUCCACGUCGGCCAGACAAUUAUGGCGACGUGGGUGGUGGCUACAUGAAGUCUCGACAGGAUGAGGACUACAUGUCGGCCACUAAGCCCUCGAUGCAUCAUUCGGCACUCCCUUCUCUGGGCUCUGCUGCCGCAUCCUCAUCGUCAUCUCGAGCUCAGUCUCCGGCCAAACCCUCGGUCUCCUCGAAGCCACCACCUUCAGCGUCCGGUCCUGUUUUGUCCGAUCUGCUCCCCAAUGUACGAUCCAAACCGAGUAAAUCAACGCGACAUACACAAGUGGGGGCAGCAAGUGGUUCCGGUAGUGGUAAUACUGGCAAGUCAGGCGCCACUCUCACUACGAAUAAUAUCUCCGACCUCACGUCGGCGAUUGCUAUGCUGGAGUUGUCGACCAAUCCUACUCUGGGAGGCGAGAAACGCAAAUGUGCAUGCAAUGCUACGAUCCAUCCUUUGUUCGAUCCCGCCCCCAACUGUAUCAACUGUGGUAAAAUCAUCUGUUCAUUGGAAGGUUUACAACCAUGCUCUUUUUGUGGAACCCCAUUGCUCUCCCAAGAGGAGAUUCAAAGCAUGAUCAAGGAGCUCCGUGCCGAGCGAGGACAGGAGAAAAUGCGCGCUCACAAUGACAGUGUCCACCAUGAUGGUGGCCCACGGCCGACGGGUGCAGGGUCCGCCGCACCCAGCAAGCUCGACGCCGCGCGUGCCCACCGCGACAAACUUCUUCAAUUUCAGGCACAGAACGCACGUCGAACCAAAGUGGUUGACGAGGCGGCCGACUUCGAGACUCCCAAUGUGGCGUCCACCUUGUGGAUGAGCCCAGCACAGCGCGCUUUGGCCCUGAAAAAGCAGCAGCGUAUCCAGCGAGAAAUUGAGGACAAGGCUCGACCGGAAUGGGAGAAGAAACAGACCGUGAUGAGUCUCGAUAUCAGAGGUGGCAAGGUACGCCGGGUGUAUCAGUCUGCUCCGAUCGAGAACCCGUCGACCGUCGAUGAGCCCGAACCGGAAGAGGCCGCGGAGUCCGAGAAGCAAUCAUCCUCCCGAGGCCACGCCUUCAGCCACAACCCGCUUCUUGCAGCGGGAGGGCUGAUGCGUCCAGUGUGGCGCGCUCCGGAGGGCCAAAAAGCCUCGGCGGGCGAUCGGGCGGAGCGGAAACAGACCUGGCGUCGUGUGCAGGAUGAUAAUGAUGAUAACGAGCAGUGGAUUCUUGAUGGGGGCUUGCACGGCCACGACGAGACUGUUUGA